AUGACGAAAUCACCAAUCGAGAUUGUCUUGGGCGUAGCCAACAUCGGCGACACGUCCAUCGAUCCAACAGCCAGGUUUGACUCCCCGGCAGAAGUCCAGGCAUUUCUCGAGCCUUUCUAUGAGAGAGGAUACCGUCAAAUCGACACUGCCAGAGGUUACUCACCACAUGCGCCGCUAUCCUGCGAGCCUCGACUCGGCGCAGCAAAUGUUGGUGAUAAGUUCGUCAUUGGCACUAAAGUCGUUUCUCGCCCAGAUGGCGCUCAUUCAAAAGAUAAAAUUGCUCAGAGCAUUAAUGACUCUCUAGAGGCUUUGAAAGUCUCUCAGGUUGACAUUAUGUACUUGCACCAGCCCAACCGAACCGUUCCUUUUGAGGAGACGGCAGAAGCUAUGGAUAAGGCUUACCGAGAGGGAAAAUUCAAGCGAUUUGGACUGUCCAACUACACGGCCGCUGAGGUCGAGCAGUUUCUCAAGAUAUCCGAGGAACGAGGUUUUGUAAAGCCGACUGUGUACCAGGGACAGUAUAACCUGGUUGUGAGGACGGGAGAAAAGGAACUGUUUCCCCUGCUUCACAAGCACAACAUUGCAUUUUAUGCAUGGAGUCCUGCCGCUGCGGGUCUCUUCAACGGAAACCACAAGAACGUUCAAGCUGGAGGCCGCUACGAUACCUCGAACUACCUGGGCAAAUUCUAUGCUUCAAAGUAUAUCAAGCCAAGCAUCGAGGCUGCCACCGACCGAGUGCGAGAAAUCGCCGCCAAGCACAACAUCUCUGGCCACGCAGCUGCACUGAGAUGGACUGCUCACCACAGUGCUCUUUCAGCCGAGUAUGGCGAUGGAAUCAUUAUUGGUGCUUCGACCAUUGAGCAGUUGAAGCAGAAUUUGGAUAUUUUUGAGCAGGGACCGCUUCCGCAGGAGGUUGUCGAUGCGAUUGAUGCUGUUUUUGCCGAGAUUGGAGAUGAUGCGGUUGCGUAUCAUAACUAA